AUGAAAGGACUAGAAGCUCUGGUAUUUGCCAGUAUAUUUCACAGAUACGCGCUAGCCCUCGAUGUGGAAGCCGAGACAUACUUCGACCCUGAGGAUGGUGAAGCAUGGGAGUUGAACUAUGGUUACUAUCCAUACCGCUCGUAUCAAACCACGGAUCUCGUCUCGCCACAGUUCAGAACUUUGGUAGACUCGCCAGAGUGUCAUGAUGAUCGACAUACUUUCUUUACUCCUCGAGGAUUCUCCGUCUCAGCGCCUGGACCCAUGAUCGUGGAUAGCCAUGGCGAGCUCGUUUGGGCAAAAAGCACAGAAGGUCAGGCCUACGACUUGACCGUACAGGAAUACAAGGGCGAACAGUAUUUGACCUACUGGGUCGGGGAUGAUCGAGUGAGGGGCCACGGUGCUGGGGACUACUACAUGCUAAACGCGGGCUAUCAAGAAGUACACAAGAUCUCGGCUCUCAAUGGUCUGGCUGCCGACCUCCACGAACUGGUGAUCACACCUCAAGGCACGGCACUUCUCACUGUCUACGAAGUCUACCCCCGCGACUUGAGCGAGCUACGCAAGUUUGAAGAAUGGGAAGAAGAUCCACACUACAUCUGGGACAGUCUCUUCCAAGAGAUCGACAUCGAGACUAACGAACUCUUGUUUCAAUGGCGUGCGUCGGAUCAUUACGCCAUCAGCGAGACCUUCAAGCCGAUUGGUGAUGCUGGUACUCGAAACGAUCCUUUUGACUGGUACCACAUCAAUUCAGUGGAGAAAGAUGAAUUUGACAACUACCUCGUCUCCGCUCGCUACACACAUACUGUGACUUAUAUCAACGGCACUUCUGGCGACAUUAUCUGGAUCCUGGGAGGUAAGCGCAACAUGUUCCAAGACCUCGACGGUGGCUCUGCUACCAAUUUCGCCUGGCAGCACGACGCUCGACUACAUACGAAGGCCGAUUUUCCUGAACUCUUCCGGGAGGAUCUAGCGCUGUUCGGUGACAGUAAAGAGAACGGCGGUCUUACAACGCAGCUCGUUACUCUGUUCGACAACAGCGCUGAGGAUGUUGAACAUACACUCGACUCCUCUCGAGGAUUGUUACUUGAGGUUACGUACCCAUCUGUCUCACGUCAGAACUCUCGUUCGAAUGAUGCUCAGGCUGGAGAGGACAAAUACUCGGCGAAAGUCGUUAGAGCCUACAAUCACCCUCAAGGUCCACUAUCGACUAGUCAAGGCUCACUACAAGUCCUUCCUUCUGAGGACGAAUCCAAAGACGCCAAGAUUUUUGUCGGUUAUGGUUACAAUGCCCUCUUCUCCGAGUUCAGUGCAGACGGCACUUUGCUAUGCGACAAUCACUUUGCAACCAAUUACUCUUGGGGAAGAGGCGAAGUUCAGUCAUAUCGCGCAUUUAAGUUUCCCUGGGUCGGCCGUCCUGUUGAGCCGCCUACUGCUGUGUUGUCAACUGAUGGUCAAGUUCACGUCAGCUGGCUUGGAGCGACCGAGGUCAAAGGCUGGGUUCUGCAACACACUCAUACCUCCCCUGCGGACGAAAAAGCUUGGAAAAGCGUUCUGCAUGUCGACAAAGCUGGUUUCGAGACCAUUAUAGACAUUGAAGACGAAGAGCUGCUCCGAUACAUUCGAGUCAAGGCUGUUGACCAAAACGAGGUCAUGCUGGGUGUAUCACGAGAGAUUGAUAUGGGUUGGAGUGCCGGUCUGGCUAGCUCCAUACCGCAGCUCAGUACUAUCGACGUGACUCCGGUCAAGAUGGUCAUGUUGAUCUGUAUAAACGUCACUAUCGUAUUCGUCAUGUACGAGCUCUGCAGACGCCUCCACACAUGGCGUCGGUCUCGACAAUGGCGAAAAAGAAGAGGUAUUCGCCUGCUCUCUGAUGCAUAG